AUGGUCACAAAUAUGAGCGGCUCGAGUUCUGAUAUUUCAAACGACAAAACCAACGAAGACGCCAAAACAAUAUGCAACACGAAGGCAGCUUCCGUUCCAAGGGUGCAAAGACAAUCUGAAGUUGUUCUAAACGAGCCGCCCUCUGCGCCGUUUUACUUUCACUCGCUGAAAGAAAACGAAGCUCCACUUUUAGACUCUGAAGACUCUGAUAGUAAGCAAAAGGAAAAAAAUAAUAAGAAAAGGGGAAAGAAAACCACAAAGUCUCCAGAAGUUGAAAAUUCUUCCAAUCAAAGAAACAAUGUCGAGAAAUGGGGACAUGAUGGGUUUUAUGAUACUUACGGUCCUGACGCGAGAAGGAACGAAUCAAGACCUAACAAAGAAAGAGAUGGACGAUAUAAUAACGAUGAAAGAAAUAAGCAUAAUGAAAGGAGUAAAAAUCAUCAGGAUAAUGAUAGGAGAGAAGAUCGUAGAAAAGAGCAACAAGACUAUAGACGAGAAACAGAGAGAGAUUUCAGAAAUGAUUAUAGAAGUAAACCUAAUGACGACAGGAGGAAGAAUAAUGUAGAGUCAGAUAGAAGAAAUAAUGAUCGAGGAUCUAGGACAGAAAGAAAUGACAAUAAUCAGGAAUAUGAACGCCAAGAGGGAGCUACAAGAAGUCUUCAAAUAAGAAACAGUAAUGAAGACAGAUAUAACAAUAAAGAUUUUAGGAAUAGAGAAGGGGGGGAUAAUGACAAGGAACAAAAAAGAGAUCGCGAUUAUAAAGAGUCUGAUAAAAGAAUCGAUAAUCAAAAUUCAAGAAAAGAUAGAAAUAGCAAAAGUAACGUAAAUGAACAUGAAGAGCCCAUAAACAAUUAUGAUGCCCAAAAUCAUAGUUCAAGAGGUCGAGAACGAGACAGAGAACAAAUAGAAAGAGACAACGAUCAGGAUUCUAGAAAAGGAAGAAAUAAUCGUACUACUAAAGGAAGCGAGUUCGAGGACUCCGGAAACAAUCGUGAUCGUCGUAAUAAUGAAGAUAGGUAUAAUAAAGAGUCCAAUCCGAAAAAUGACACUAGGGAUUCAAGAACAGAAAGAAGUGGCAAUAAAGUAUAUAUACGCGAAGAAAACAGAAAUAAUCGUGAUGAUAGAAACAAUCACGAAGAUACACACAUUAGGGAGUCAAGAAACCAGAUCAAUGAUAGAAUAGAGAGGUAUAAUAAAAAGGAUUCGAAAAACAAAUCAAAGAUAAUAGAUAGUCGAUCUAAUAAAGAUGAUACUAAUCGUAAAAAUAGACGCGAUGAAGUUAGUGAUGAAAAUAGUAGUUCAGACGAUGACCAUAGACAAACAGAAAAAACUAGAUCCGACAGAAAUGACAAACAACUAAACAAGAACAAACACAAUGAUGAAAAAAGAAAUUCCAAAAGAAACGAGGAGCCACGAAAGAAAGAUCAGAAAGAUUAUGAUAGUACCAGCAGUAGUGAUGAUGAGCAAAAUGAUAAGCAAAAGAGUAAAAAAUCAAAUAAAAAAGCGAAGAAAGCAAAUAAAGAAAAAAGACAUAAGAAAGAAAAAAGUAAUCAUAAAAGAGACGAUAGUGAUGAUAGCGAGGAAGAUUUUCGGCAUAAACGGCGAGAUGAACCGGAGAAUCGUAAAACAGGCAAAGAAUCCAAAAAAACAAAAUCAAAGUCGAAAAAAGGGAAACAAAAAAGACGUGAUAAAAGAAAAGAUAAAGAAAACGUAAGUGACGAAAGCGCUGAUUCAGAUUCCUCAGACAGUUCAGAGAGUUCAGAGAGUUCUGUAAACAAAGGUGGACGUUACUGGGACACAUUUGAUAUUGAAGGCAAAGAAAGUUCCAAAUUUCUUGUAGAGAGUAGAACAAGCAGCAAAAAGGAGAAACGCUCUGAACGGAAGCGCGAACGUUAA